CUCCUCGACACUGACAACCUGCUCACCGAACAGGACACAAUGUGGCUCGCUGUAUUUUACAUAUGGGGAAGCCUGUUAGCAUUUUCUGUGUGUGACAUCUGCCCAGAAACCUCAGAGGACGCUUCAUGGGUAAAGCUGAAUCCCCUGGGGCACUGCGGGGACGAGGAGAACGUGUGCCCUUAUCAACUCACCCUCCCUCCUCUCUCAAUCCAGCUUCCCAGGUCUUUUAUGGAGCUGGACAAAAUGGCCAAGGAGCUGCACAACCUAAAGGAAGUGGUGAACCAGCUGAGGAAGGACUGCCAAGAAUGUAAGGACAGGCAUACUAUUGAGAGGGGUGAAUGGAAGGACCACAGCGAAGAAGAGGAAAAGAGACCUCAAAGUCUAAGGCAUAACUUCAGCAUCAAGGAGACACAAAGUCAAAGUGGAGAACAAGUUGUCCGGAUCUUCACUUCAACCCUACCGCAAAGGGACACAUCAGAAGGUGAAGGAAAUGUCAAGGGUGGCGUGAAGAGGCUUGAUCAGUCCAUUCUGGUAAGUCAGAGAAGGAACAUUGAUCAGAGGAUUGAUCUAAACCAAGGCACCACAGAUCAAAGAUCUGAGAUGAGCAGGGAAGUAAAAAUAUUUAACCUCUCGCUUGAUGAUACAGCAGAGGAUAUACCUGAGGUCAAACUGGUGGCCUCACCUACACCUGAAGAGAGGGAACUCAAGCCUAAGCAAAGCGAAUUAAUGGAACCAUCCCUUCCUAGAAAAAAGGAUGUUGUGCAAUUCCCAACCCAUGGGAAACUACAGCCAAACAGCCACAGGUAUGGGCAUGUAAAGAACAUCAGUAGCAUCCUGGCGGCGAGAAGAAGAGUGCAAAAUGUGCCUGAUCAGAACAGGUUAGGCAGCAUUUCAAGAGAUGCUAACGCUAAGAGAAUGGAUUUAAGCGCAUCAGCAGGGAACAGAAGGGUUGUAACGUUUCCUGUAGGACAUGGACAAUUGAGGCCAAAGGGAUCCUACAUAAACAGUAGAGUUGUCAAGGCUAACAAUGAAGACAGACUGAAGAACCCUGCUUUGGUGAGGAAGACUAAUCCACAAGCUGGGGACAUGACGGUCAAGACUGAGCAAGAAGGGACUGGAUUUUCCCCAGUGAGAAGUGGCGUUAUGAGGGUAAAGGAAACAAGUUCUCAUGCAGCAAACAAAAAACCUGGUGUAAUCAGUGGACUGAUCCCGUCAACAGAUGACCAGAACAAACAAGACAUCGGAAGGGUUUCUGGUCCCAGAACAGAUGAUGGACAUGCCCUGAAAAAUGCAAGCCAAGUCACUAUACUUAUUGAGGACGAUUUGAGAAAGGUAAACAAGACUGAGAUUGGAAGACUUCCAAAAAAACAUAGUAAAGAAAACCAAGGAGAUUUGAGUCUCAUUGCCACAAAUAAGUCAAUCUCUAGUGUUAUAAACCAAGCUGAACAGCCAAACAUAUUUAAAGAGGAAAAGCAGUAUGCGGGACUGAGUGAAAGUCUGGUAGUUAUUAGUAGAGAAGCAGAGACUAGCUCCAAAGUGGAUAGAGAGGACCUGCCUUUCCGAGGCAGACAGGUGGAAAAUGAAAAAUAUCCAAACCCAAACACAGAAACUAAUAAUGGACAAAUUGAUUCCACCAUUUUAGAUAAAGCUGACAUCACUUUGAAUGAAAGGACAGUUAAUCCACUGUCAGGAGAUCUUAAAGAUAAGAUGCGGCCAGGAACGUUCAUUGAAGCAGCAAAGGAGGACAUCGCCAUUGACUCACAGAGUGCAGGGACAGUGAAAGAGGACAUCCCAAGGCACAGGAAAGCCAUCUUGUUGGAAAAAGAUCUAGUGAAGUCUAACCUUGUCCCAACUGUAAAGAGUAAAUUGAUAGAUAGCACAGCGAAUUUGCCCGGUACAGUUCAAUCACCUGUGAUAGGCCAGGGGACAAGGAGAAUUUCAAUAACUCCACUCAAAGCUAAAGUUGAAGAGGAACCGGCAAAGAAUAGCGAGAACAUCAGCAAGAUACAUGAAGUAAGUCCAGACAACACAAGAUAUGUGAUGCCAAACCUACUAAGACAACCUGAGAUACAUCCAAGAACUGUGAUUUCACCUAGAGGCCCCAAACUAAGACAACCUAAUAUUAUAAACAAACUGUCAGGAAACAGGACUAUUAGAGUACCUUCAAAGAUGUCCAUUCCUGUCCGAGGCAGCAAAAUAGCCAGGAAAAAUGGCACUGGAAUUAUAAAACAAAGUUACAUGAGGAAGCCAAUCUCUCAAACUGAGACAAAUAUAAACCAAGGCUUAAAGACAAAGGUAAGCACAGUGACUCAAUUCUUCGGUCCCACUGCUACAACAUCUACUGUAGAACAAGAACAAAAAGAAGAAAUCAAACACAUCCCGCAGGUGACGAGGUCAAACGUAUUGGAUAAUCAUUGGUUAAAAUACAACAUUACAGAGUCAAAAUCACAAUCAGAGAUUCAAAAUGCAGGUGACGUACAAGAUUUGGAUAUGGUUCAAGAAGAUAAGUACCAAAUUGGAGACAACGGUGAGACUGUGUUGAUAUCAAACAUUGGGGGCCAUGCAGAAGACUCUAAAACUCAAAGUGGAGUAUCAAAUUCACCUAUUGAUGGGAAAGAAAGCAAGAUAUUUAGUUUGGGAACCACUGAUACCAGCAGUCAACACCAAUCUGAAGUGGAAAAGACCAGCAGUGGGAAUAAAAGGCCAACUGCAUCCACCUUACAGAGAGAGAAACCAGGACCAACUCAAUUCACAACCUCAACGCUCUCUUUUACAGACACAGACCAUAAAGAUGGUACAAAAAACAUUCGUAGAGUGACAAACAUACAAGGUGAAAUGGCUAAAAAUGUCAGCCAGGAUACACCCAUAAGCUUUGAAAAUAUCGGCGCAACAAGAGAACUGGAACUUACUAAAUUUAAUAAAGACAGAUUGGAAGAAAACACUGGGGAGAUAUUAUCCAACCCAAAUAGUGAGGACAUGGACCAUGGUUAUAGCGAAGGGAGGUACACAAUUCCAGUUGUUUUGGAAACGCUUACAAAUGUUGAAGAAAUUAAAGGCUCAAAGCUUUUCUCACUCAGCCCUGAAGACACAGCUAUGGGAUUUAAAUCACAUGCAGUCACGGAUGAGGUAACAGAAAGAGAGCAAGUAGAGAAAAAGAUCAACAGCACCUGUCUCAGUGAUUGCAACACUACACCAAGCCCAAAGUCUACAACCCAGACCAGGCCUCCAUUGAACUCUGAAAGAGAAAAAGGACCUGCACAAGACUGCGCUGACUACAUUACGAAAUCGCAAAGGAAUAGUGUAUACAGAGUUACGCCGCGGCCGAAAAACAGCACGUUUCCUGUUUUCUGUGACAUGGAGACCUCUGGUGGGGGCUGGACAUUGAUUCAGCAGCGUUUUGACGGCAGCACAAGCUUCAAUCGCACCUGGGACGAGUACAAGAAUGGAUUUGGUAAACUAAUAGGGGAGUUUUGGCUUGGCAAUGACAAGAUUCACUUGCUGACAAAAGCAAAAAACAUGUCAUUGCGAAUAGAACUCGAAGACGUUGAGGGUGUCAGAGAAUAUGCCCAUUAUGAGCACUUCCAUGUAGCCAAUGAAAGCCAACAAUACCGCCUGUCCAUCGGUGGCUAUUCCGGUACAGCCGGUAAUGCCAUGCAGUUCAGUAAUAAAUUCAAUCAUGACCAGAAGCUUUUUACCACACCAGACAGAGACAAUGACCAGUAUCCCUCUGGAAACUGUGGGGCCUAUUACAGCUCUGGCUGGUGGUUUGAUUCAUGCAUGUCUGCAAACUUAAAUGGGAAAUAUUAUCAAUCCAAGUACAAAGGGGUACGUAAUGGGAUAUUUUGGGGUACGUGGCACAACAUUACAAUGGAAUAUUACCCAACCAAUGAAAGACAAUCUUUUAAGACUGUUCGAAUGAUGAUAAGACCUAAACAUUAUGCAAACUAAUAAGUAAACAGUGGUGGUAAGUAACAAAGUAAAAAUACUCUGUUACUUUACUUAAGUAGUUUUUUCGGGGAUCUGUACUUUACUUGAGUAUGUUUUAUUUGCAUCUACUUUCACUUCACAUCACUUCACUUUACAAAUUUGACUUUACGGCAAGCGUUACAAUUGGACAACAUUCAUUCUAAAGCCAGUUCUGGAUACACAGUGGAUAAACAGUGCACUGCAGUAGGCUGCGGUAGGCUAAAUAAUUUACAACAGCGGUAACGGACUAUGCCGCUUCCAACCUGUAGGGCGACCGCAGAGGAAAAGUUCUUUAGUGUUGCUUUAAUGUUACUAUUGUUAGCCAAGUGAUUUCAUAUUGAAACAGCUAGCUAACAAAAUGCCUUGUAAACAGCUAACUAACAAAUUCUUAAUUGCAGUAUCUAAUCUUAUCAUUUGUUUAAAUAAAACAUUGCAUAACACUCGCAAAACAAUUGAUCUGCUUAAUUAUUGAUAUUUACAGUUAAUUUGAAUAUUUACUUUUUACUUUCGGUUCUUAAGUACGUUUCAAAUCGGAUACUUUUGUACUUCUACUCAAGUGAUGUUUGAAUGGAGGACUUUCUACUUUUACUGGAGUAAUUUUUUAUUUAGGUAUUUAUACUUUUACUUGUACCACCCUUGUAAGUAAAGUACACUCUUGUGUUACUGAUGUAUAAUAGUAAAUUGUCGGGAUUUGAAUUAACAUUGACAAAAUGUUUCUGUAUCUAUGUUGUUUUUUGAACUGUACACAUAUGCAUUAGUUUACACAACUGAGCCCUCUUGUGUUGCUUUAUAAAUACUGUAUUGCAUAAAACAAUGCUAUUUACAGAUUCUGCUACUUUUACAUUUUUUUUUACUUAGAAAAUACCAAAAUGGUUGUAGGUCUGGGCCAAUUCAUAAUUAUGUUUACAUGGAUAUAUGCACUAUUUAUUGUCAGUUUUUAAUAGCUGAAUUAAAGCAUCUGUAAUUUUCAAUUAUUUUCAGUGUAAGUGUUAUUUUCAAACAUUGUAAUUGUAAACCCCCAAAAGUACAUUGUACAGACAAUUCUUUCUA